AUGGCUAGGAGGCUGCAUGGCUAUGUGCAUCUGGCUGAAGGGGCUGCUGGAAGGCACCUAGCUUGUGGCUGGGAGUGGCAGCUGCAGGGAGCAGCGUCUAUUCUAGAUUGCAUCUGGCUGGAGCUGCCUGGCGGAUUGGUUGCUGGACACAACAGAGAAGACAAGUGGCUGGGGCUGAUUGGAGUGGCUAGCUUCCGGCUGGAGUGGCAAGGCGCAGUUGGUCACAGGAAGGGAACCGCGGCUUGCGGCUCUGUUGAUUUUGCUACCGAUGAUGAAGGCCUAUGGGGUAGACUGGUGGUUGGUGGCUGUGAGGUGGUGGAGGCAGCUGAGCUGUGGUGGUCGGCUAUGAAGGUUCAAGCAGAAUGUAGAGGAGAUCUUCGACCUGAUCCCCGGGUUGAUGCCAUUAGCGUCAUAGCUCUUGCAAUUCAGAAUGAUCAUGAUCUUGCAAUUGAAGUUAAUGUGCUUUUGCAUAGUAAGACUGACUGUUGUCUGAGGAAUGUUGAUGGAGUAUCUGAUUGCAAAACACUUAUUUUCUCAGAGGAGAGACACUUAUUUACCCACUUUGUGGACAUUUUAUGUUCUUUUGAUCCAGAUAUUUUAAUGGGUUGGGACAUACAAGGCGGUUCACUUGGUUUUCUUGCUGAAAGGGCUGCACAGCUUGGCAUAAGAUUGCUUAAUAACAUAUCUAGGAUAUCAUCUAAGACAAAGGUGGCUCCUGGCAUAAUGGAAACUCCUGGUAAUGGAAUUCCAAAUAAUGUACAGGAUGCACCAUUAGUUUCUGAUUCUGUUCAAUUGGAAGAGACAAUAAUUGAGGAUGAGUGGGGCAGAACUCAUGCUAGUGGUGUCCAUGUUGAUGGUAGAAUUAUUCUCAAUGUAUGGCGACUAAUGCGUGCUGAAGUUAAGCUUCAAAUGUACACAAUUGAAGCUGUUGCUGAAGCUGUCUUGAGGCGGAAAAUCCCAUUAAUUCCCCAUAAAGUAUUGAACAGUUGGUUUUUAAGUGGUCCUGGAUGUGCAAGGUAUCGAUGCAUCGAAUAUGUGGUUCAGAGAGUGAAGUUAAACCUCGAGAUAUUGAAUCAACUUGAUUUGAUAAAUCGAACAUCAGAACUUGCUCGUGUAUUUGGUAUUGACUUCUUUUCUGUUCUCUCUCGAGGCUCACAGUAUCGUGUCGAAUCUAUGUUUUUGAGAUUGGCUCAUACACAAAAUUAUCUUGCCAUAUCUCCUGGGAACUCACAGGUUGCUUCUCAACCUGCAAUGGAGUGUUUACCUCUUGUAAUGGAGCCAGAAUCUCAUUUUUAUACAGACCCAGUUGUUGUUUUGGAUUUCCAGUCUCUUUAUCCCUCAAUGGUAAUUGCAUACAACCUUUGCUUUUGUACAUGUCUCGGAAAGGUUGUACCUUCAAAGGCAAAUACUCUGGGGGUCAGUUCAUUUUCACCGGAUCCACAUGUUUUACACGACUUAAAAAAUCAAGUUCUGCUCACGCCUAACGGUGUUAUGUAUGUGCCUUCCAAGCUUAGGAAAGGUGUACUACCUCGGCUCUUAGAGGAAAUACUUUCUACUAGAAUAAUGCUGAAACAGGCAAUGAAGAAGUUAGCUCCUUCACAGCAAGUUCUUCAACGGAUAUUUAAUGCUAGACAGCUUGCUUUGAAGCUCAUAGCAAAUGUAACAUAUGGUUAUACAGCAGCUGGCUUUAGUGGUCGUAUGCCAUGUGGCGAGCUUGCAGACAGCAUAGUCCAAUGUGGCCGUAGGACACUUGAGAAGGCUAUUUCAUUAGUCAAUGCAAAUGAUAGGUGGAAGGCCAAAGUUGUUUAUGGCGAUACUGACAGCAUGUUUGUCCUCUUGAAGGGGCGUACUGUAAAAGAAGCCCUUCAAAUUGGGCAAGAGAUUGCAUCUGCAGUAACUGCGAUGAAUCCAAAUCCAGUUGUGUUGAAGAUGGAAAAGGUCUAUCACCCAUGUUUUCUGCUUACAAAGAAGCGCUAUGUUGGUUAUAGUUACGAGAGUCCGGAACAGACUGAACCUUUAUUUGAUGCCAAAGGUAUUGAAACAGUUCGCAGAGACACCUGUGGAGCUGUUUCCAAAACAAUGGAGCAGUCACUAAGACUAUUUUUUGAACAUCAGGAUAUCUCUGAGGUUAAAGCAUACUUACAACGUCAAUGGAAAAGGAUUCUAUCUGGCAGGGUGUCGUUUCAGGAUUUUGUUUUUGCAAAAGAAGUUCGCUUGGGUACCUACAGCUCAAGGGUUCCUUCCUUGCUUCCACCAGCAGCUAUUGUAGCCAUGAAAGCAAUGAGAGCAGAUCCCAGGGCAGAGCCUCGGUAUGCUGAGCGAGUGCCUUAUGUUGUGAUCCAUGGCGAGCCUGGGGCUCGUUUGGUUGAUAUGGUGGUGGAUCCAUUGGACCUUUUGGUCAUUGAUUCACCUUACAGAUUGAAUGACUUGUAUUACAUUAACAAACAGAUAAUUCCAGCUUUGCAGCGGGUGUUUGGACUUGUUGGAGCUGACUUGAAUAGGUGGUUUUCGGAGAUGCCCCGCCCUGCCAGGGAUACUUUUUCGAAGCGCCAAUUACAUUCUUCAAACUCAAGUCGAACUAGAAUUGAAUAUUACUAUCUAUCAAAACAUUGCUUAUUAUGUGGUGAUUUAGUCCAGACAUCAGCUCAUUUAUGCAAUAAGUGCUUGCAAAGUGGACGUGCUGCAGCAGCAGCUGUUACUGGGAGGACUUCAAAAUUGGAGAGAGAUAUGCAUUGCCUUUCUGCUAUAUGUCGACAUUGUGGAGGUGGUGAUUGGCUUGUUGAAAGCGGGGUAAAGUGCGUAAGUCUUGCUUGUUCAGUGUUCUAUGAGAGGCUUAAAGUUCAGAAAGAGCUCAAGGCUCUUUCCGCUGUUGCCAGAGACAAAGGUUUCUAUCCAAUGUGUAUGAUUGAGUGGUUCUAAUAUUGGAUUUAAAGGAACUCAAACGCUCCUCUGCAGAUAAUCACUCGUUAAUAAUUCGCCGGCAUCCAGAUCCGAAAGCAAAUGUGUUGGGGAUGUGGCAACUGGCUUGUUUGAAAGUGAGAUGAAGCACCAGUCUUGCUUGCUUGGUGUUCUCCGAGAGGCUCAAGUCUUUUUGUACAGUUGUUAUACACGAAGUUCCUACCCAAAGUGUAUGGUUGAUUGGUUUUGCUCUUAGUCGGGUAAUUGAAGAGUGUUUCACUAUUUGCUCCCUGUAUGUUGUGUGUUACAUUAGAAUACUGUUGCUUAGCAUAUAUGUUGUUUGUAAUGUAUCACAGUGUAAAGGUAGAUGUGUGUGUGUGUGUAUUAACAAUCAUGGUGUACCCACAAUGAUGAUUAAUGGUUUUUCAUUAUCUGUUCUCCCUUU